UAUGUGAGCUUCAACAGCUUUACACACCUCUGUAUUUCCAAUGGCGACCGCUCUUUCUAUAAACUGGACUCGCUUCGCUUCUCAAGUUCCUCGCUCUUUUCCCUUCCCUUUUCUUCAAAAGAACCGCCACGUCAUCAGAUUAUACCGGAGCUUCCGGUUUCCCGGUAGCUUCUGCACUCUUUAUUCCUCCUCUAGACGCCCUUACACUGUCGUAGCUUCCAAUUCUCAGUCUAAUGGCUUGAGUAGUUAUACUGAAGUGGGUGAUGAAAGAUAUGACGUGAUUGUGGUGGGAGGAGGGCACGCAGGGUGUGAAGCUGCCCUUGCUUCAGCACGAUUAGGGGCGAAAACGCUGCUUCUUACUCUUAAUCUUGAUCGCAUCGCAUGGCAGCCAUGUAAUCCUGCAGUUGGUGGCCCUGCAAAGUCUCAGCUGGUGCAUGAAGUCGAUGCACUGGGUGGUGAUAUUGGAAAAAUAGCGGAUAGGUGCUAUUUGCAGAAACGUGUUCUUAACAUCUCUAGGGGCCCUGCUGUUUGGGCAUUACGUGCACAGACGGAUAAGAGAGAAUAUGCUCUAGAGAUGAAAAAGAUUGUUGAGAGCACCCCAAACCUCUUUAUCAGAGAGGCAAUGGUAACAGAUAUUUUGUUGGGGAAAAAUGACAACAUUGAGGGGGUCUGUACUUUCUUUGGAAUGAACUUCUAUGCACCUUCGGUGAUUCUGACGACAGGGACCUUUAUGAGUGGGAAAAUAUGGAUUGGUAGAACUUCAAUGCCUGCAGGAAGAGCUGGUGAAUCAGCUUCCGUUGGUCUAACAGAAAACUUGCAGCGCCUUGGCUUUGAGACUGAUAGGCUAAAAACAGGAACCCCUGCACGUGUAGACUGUCGUACUGUAGAUUUCGCAGGACUGGAACCCCAACAUGGAGAUGAAGAGGUAAGCUGGUUCAGUUUUGAUGCUAAUUACCAUAUAGAAAGGGAACAAAUGUGCUGCUACCUUACACGUACCACAAAGAGUACUCAUCAGCUAAUUAAAGAUAAUUUGCACGAAACUCCUACUUAUGGAGGGUGGGUGGAAGCUAAGGGCCCUCGAUACUGCCCCUCCAUUGAGGAUAAGAUUGUAAGAUUUCAAGAGAAAGAGUCUCAUCAAAUAUUCCUUGAACCUGAGGGUCGAAGUGUUCCUGAACUCUAUGUGCAGGGAUUCUCUACUGGUUUGCCGGAGAGACUACAGUUGCCACUUUUACGAACAUUACCCGGACUUGAGAAUUGUACAAUGCUCAGGCCAGCCUAUGCCGUAGAGUAUGAUUACUUGCCUGCUUAUCAGUGCUCCAGAUCCCUAAUGACUAAAAGGAUCGAGGGUCUUUUCUUUUCUGGCCAGAUCAAUGGGACAACAGGCUAUGAAGAAGCUGCUGCCCAGGGGAUUAUAUCUGGAAUUAAUGCAGCUAGACACUCAGAUGGCAAGCAACUUAUUGUUCUUGAGAGAGAAAGUAGUUUUAUAGGGACUCUGAUCGAUGAUCUUGUAACCAAAGAUCUUCGAGAGCCUUAUCGCAUGUUAACAAGCCGCUCAGAACAUCGUCUGCUUCUGCGGUCUGAUAAUGCUGAUAGCCGUCUCACUCCACUUGGUCGUGAAAUCGGUUUAAUAGAUGAUCGAAGGUGGAUGAUGUACCAGGAGAAGCAAGCUCGUAUCUUGGAGGAGAAAAAGCGGUUGAAAGCAGUUAGAAUUUCUGGUGGAGAGUUGGCCACUGAAGUUACUCAUCUCUCUGGUCAGCCAGUAAGGGAUUCAUCAACACUAGAGAGCCUGCUUAAGAAACCACAUAUACAAUACGAAGUUUUUGAUAAGCAUGGGUUUGGAAAUUCUACCCUGUCCAGGAUGGAGAAACAGUGCGUAGAGAUUGAUAUCAAAUACGAAGGCUUCAUUGUGCGCCAGCAGAGCCAACUUCAACAGAUGGUUCAUCAACAGCACAAACCAAUUCCCGAGGACAUAGAUUAUUAUGCAAUGGUGACUUUGUCGCUCGAAGCACGUGAAAAACUCUCAAAGGUUAGGCCGCAAACAAUUGGGCAAGCAAGUAGAGUUGGUGGAGUUAAUCCUGCUGACAUUACAGCACUCCUCAUUAUUCUUGAAUCUAACAGGAGGAAAGCCAAAGAGCAGAGUAGAGAACAAGCAGUACUUUUGUGAAGGAUACAUAUGAUCGGCUUAAAAGUCCUCUUCAAAUGACACUUGUCUCUUAAAACCAGCAGCAUUCUUGUCUGCAUGAUUUUUAGAUCAAUGAACAAGGGAAUCAUCACCACCUAGGAUGCAUGAUAGUCUUCCUGUUUUCAUUUGAGAUACUUGUAGUUGAAAACGAAGCCAAAGGUUAUGUACUAUACGUACACGAGUUGUAACAUAUUUACUGUCUUUAUAAACGUGCAGCAGCAACCGCGUAA